AUGUCCGCGUCACCACAACCCACUCAGUCCGCUAAGCGGCCCCUGGAGGAGUCCUCUUCUCCCUCUCGCAACGACCAGCCCGAGGCCAAGAGGCUCGCUCUCGACAAGGUCGUUAAGGACGCCCAAGAGGAGGUCGAGACUCCUGCUCUCGAAGACAGUCACAAUGCCGACGAGACUGCUGGCUCCGCUACUCCUACCCCCGCCCCCGAGUCUAACGGUACCAACGCGAAGGGAGACAAGCCUGAGGCUCAAGAUGCCCAGGGCGACACUGUCGUCCCUGAUGCCCCCGAGAGCAAGACAACCAAGGAGCACGGUCCCCGCAGCCGCGCUCAACCCCCCGUCUCUGCUCAGCCUCACGACGAGACUGCCUGGAUCCAUGUGAGAUCUGUUAUUUCGAGCCCCGAGGCCGCUACCAUCAUUGGAAAGGGCGGCGAGAACGUUUCCAAAAUCAGGGAGAUGUCGAACGCCAAGUGCACCGUCAGCGAUUAUCAGAAGGGCGCUGUCGAACGUAUUCUCACUGUUAGCGGUGUUGUUGAUGCGGUCGCAAAGGCAUUCGGUCUUAUUAUCCGUACGCUGAACAAUGAGCCUCUUGCUGAGCCUUCCAACACACACUCGAAGACCUAUCCCCUGCGUCUUUUGAUCCCUCACGUCUUGAUCGGCUCUAUCAUUGGUAAGGGCGGUGCGCGCAUCAAGGAGAUUCAGGAGGCCUCCGGAGCUCGUCUCAAUGCUUCCGACUCCUGCUUGCCCCUUUCCACUGAGCGUUCAUUGGUCGUCAUGGGCGUUGCCGAUGCUGUCCACAUUGCUACUUACUAUGUUGGCAGCACUCUCCUCGAGCAGCUGAACGAGCGCUUCGGUGGUCCCGCCGCCUCAGCCUAUGCCCACCCCCUGCUGGCGGCAGCUUUGGCAACCGCGAUUACUACCAGCGCAACCGCGGCCCCGACCCCAGGUCCCAGCACGGCAUGCCGCCCAGCCAGUACGCUGCGCCCUAUGGUGCACCUCAUCCGGCCCAGCCCAACCCUGCCGUCCCCCAUGCACUACGGUGGCCACGCCGCCGCUGGUUACGGUGCUGCCGCCCCUCACGUUGCGCCCCAUGUCGGCCACGCCGGCCCAGGUCCCCAUCCUGCUGGCCCUCAUGGCGCCCCCGUUGCCGGCGCUGCUCUUACUCAACAGAUUUACAUUCCUAACGACAUGGUUGGCGCAAUCAUUGGCAAGGGUGGACAGAAGAUCAACGAGAUCAGACAGAUCUCUGGCAGUGUCAUCAAGAUUAAUGAGCCGCAGGACAACAGCAACGAGCGUCUCGUCACCAUUACCGGUACAGAGGAGUGCAACCGCAUGGCUCUCUACUUACUCUACCAGCGUCUGGGUGAGCUUCAGAAUAACGCCCGUGACUCUCAGCAACCCAAACACUAA